AUGUCGCAAGAUUCGAAAAUCGCAUUGACGGCGACGUACGCCUCAGCCGUCAGCACCCCUUUCACCGUCUCCAAGCCUCUACCGACCCCAUCAUCAUCAUCAUCCGCAACCACCGACAAGACGCAGUAUCUACAAUCUCUGCGCGAAGCCCUCAUAUCUACUCAAGCCGAGAUCAAUACCGAGCUCACACAACGAAUGGAGGAAGACAAUGGGCGCGCAGGGGGGAAGAGUGCUGCCGAAGUCAAAGAAGAGGAGAAUUAUGGCGAAGAAAUUGUCGAGGAAGAGGACUGA